UCACGCUGGUUUUUGAAAAUCCGACAACAAACUAAACAUUAAAGAUUUUCUACAUUUUAUAAUUUUACAGUAUUUUAAACAGAUUGUUUACUCAUUAAACUUAAAUUAGAUUUUUUUAAUUCGAAUAUGGCGAGUUCUUCUGAUCCAGACAGUGAUAUAGAAAGUGAUAAUGGAUAUGAUCAAUUAUAUUCAGAUUCUGAUGCUGAUGAUGACAUUCCAAAAUGGUAUGAUAAUCUACCGUCAUUUGGGACUUGCACCAAACUACCAGAAUCUGAAAUUCAAGCCUUGAGGUUUGAAGCUGAAAAAGUAUUGGAACAUCAACCACAAGUUGACAACAAAAAAUCAUGGAUUACUGAAAUUGCCAAACAAGGUACUUAUUCAGACAAAAUUGCUGCACUCACUAUAAAGAUCCAAGAAGAUCCUUUGCACAAUAUCAGUGCUAUACAAAAUUUAAUCAGUAUGGUGAAAAUUGGCAAAAAACAACAGUGUUCUCUUGUUAUUGAUUCCUUAACUGAAUUAUUUACAAGAGUGUUGUUAAAAACUGAAUUACUAACCUUUGAACAACAGCCAUUAAGUGAAUUAUCAAAACUUGAUGAUUUAAAGCAACGCAAACUUUUGCUAAGUUCUUGGUUAUUUGAAGAAAAACUUAAAAACUUAUAUGUUGCUUUUGUUGAAGCUCUGAGUACUGUUGGCUUAGAUUCUGUACCAAUAAAUCGGGAAAAAAGUAUUUCUGCUAUGAAUAGAUUAUUAAUCAACAGUACAGAAUGUGAAGUGCAAAUAGUUCGAUACCUUGUAAAUAAAUUUGGUGAUACUGUUCAUAAAAUUGCUUCAAAGGCCAUGUAUACAUUACGUCUUGUUUUAAAACAUCGUUCAAAUCUUAGUCAAAUAAUAUUUGAAGAAGUUAGAAAAUUAUUAUUUCGUUCAAAUAUAAAUCAAAGAGCCCAAUAUUAUGGUAUUUGCUUUUUAACUCAAAUUGAUACAAAAGAAAUGGCAAAAGAAGUUAUUGAAUUGUACUUAUCAUUUUUCAAAGCAUGUGUAAAGACCGGAGCCAUUGAUUCAAGGCUUAUUGGAGCCUUAUUAGUUGGUGUUAAUAAAUCAUACCCUCAUGUACGAAGUGGUAUUCAACCAGAACAAAUACAAACCAUGUAUAAAAUUGUUCACUUAUCUCCAUUCAAUAUAUCUUUACAAGCACUAUUAUUGAUUAGGCAAUUGGAAAAUAAUGAUAGGUAUUACAGUGCCCUUUACAGAAAAAUAUUUGAUGAACGAUUUAUCUCUACAUCUCAUCAAGCUAUUUGUAUUCACUUGAUUCAUAAAUCUAUUUGGGAUGAUAAAUGUAUGGUGCGUAUUAUAGCUUUUAUGAAACGUAUAUUUCAAGUAAGCUUAUACUGUCCAGUUCCAUUAGUUAGUGGAUUAUUUUGUAUGACAUCACGUUUAAUGAAGAAACAUAAAGGAAUUAUUGGUAAAUCUAAAUUUGAAGAAAUUAAAAUAGAAACAAAAUCAGAAUCACCUGCUAUUUUAAAUGAUACAAUUAAAGAAGAAGAAGUUGAAGAAGAAAAAUAUUUUGAUGUACAAUCUAAUAUAAGUGAUACCACCCAAAAACCUGAAAAAUCUUCUUGGUAUCACAUUAAAGCUCCUCAAGUAAUAAUUGAAUCUAAAGUAUCACAAGUUCCUAAAGAAAGAGAAAUUAAAAAUUAUUAUGAUUAUACUGCCAGAAAUCCAAGAUUUGCAGGAGGUGAGUAUGCAAUUUUAGCUGAACUAAUUCCUUUAAGUCGACACUAUCAUCCUUCUGUUGCAACAUUUGCUUCUAGAAUAAUAGCUGGUAAAUCUAUAUAUUAUGAUGGUAAUCCUCUAGCAGACUUUACUUUAUUACAUUUUCUUGAUCGAUUUUCUUUUAAGAAUCCUAAAAAACCAAGACAAGGACGAGGAGAAGAAAAUGAAGAACUUUUUAGGUCAGUCGGUACUUCUCGAAAACACUAUGUUCCAAAAGGAUUGAAAAGUAUGUCUGUAGUAAGUGAAGAAUAUUUAAGACAUGAAGAAAAACAAAUACCUUUAGACGAAGUAUUUUUGUACAAGUACCUUAAACAAAGACCUAAGCAGCAUAAAAAAGAAAUCGAAAACCCAGAUGAAGAUGGUUUCAGUGAUGUAGAUAGUGUCAACAGUGAUGAUUUUAAUGAUUUAUUAGAUGGUAUGAUGGGAGGCAAAAAGAAAAAAAAGUAUGAUUUUUCAAGAGGGUUUGAAAAACCUAAAUCAAAAAAAGGUAAAAAGCCUGUUGAAGAAUCUGAAAGUGAUGAUGAUAAUGAUGAUGAAUUUAUGGUUUCACGUAAAUCAAAGAACUUAGCAGAUUUAGCUGUACCAGCAGAACAAUUUGCUGCAAUGUUAGAUGCAGCAGGUAAAAAAAAAUCUGGUGGAAAAGAUGAUAUAUUGGUCCGAGAUAAUUCUUCCAACAAACAAUUAGAGUGGGAAAAAAAGAAAAGUGGUGGAAAACGCAAAAGAUUAGAAGAUGGAAGAAAAAACAGAAAAAGACACCGUAUUCAAAAUCGAUGAUUGAAAUUUAAUCUUUAGGACAAAAUAAAGACAAUUAUUUAAAAUAAAAUUUACAUACAAUUUUAAUUACUUUUGUAAAUUUGAAUAAAUUGUCAAGCUG